UUUCUUCAAACUUAGUUAGUCAGUCUCGGGAUUUCAUUUACGGCGUCAACUGCACGCUGACGAACGGAGAGACCAUGACUGAGGAAACGGCCACAGCGAGUCCUGCAGGAGGAUCGGGACCAAAUGCAUCGGAGCCUUCUCAUGGAGGGCUUCAGCCGAGGGGGAAGUGGGCCAACAAGAUGGAGUUUAUUUUCUCUAUGGCUGGAGAAAUCAUUGGCCUCGGGAAUGUUUGGCGUUUCCCUUAUCUGUGCUACAGAAAUGGAGGAGGUGUCUUCUUCAUCCCGUACUUUGUGUUCCUCCUCUUCUGUGGCAUCCCUGUGUUCUUCCUGGAGACGGCGUUGGGCCAGUACACCAGUGAGGGUGGGGUGACCGCCUGGAGGAAGAUAUGCCCCAUGUUCGCGGGGGUGGGGAUUGCGUCCCAAGUGAUUGUGGCCUAUCUGAACAUCUACUACAUCGUGGUGUUGGCCUGGGCCAUCUUCUACCUGUAUAACUCCUUCAAAAGCCCGUUGCCCUGGUCUACAUGUGACAACUCGUGGAACACUGAGUUAUGUCACAGUCGCUCCAGCGUCUUUGCCAACCCCCAAUUGUUUCAACCUGGCUCAAACUGGUCGUUCCUAAACAACUUCACCUCACCGGACUACGUGGAUAAUGCAACUUACUCGGAAGGUGCUACUUUCAUGAAUGGCAGGUCACCGGAAGAGGAGUUCUGGCUGCACCGUGUGUUAAGGAUGUCCUCCGACCUGUCCCUGGGUAAAUUAAACUGGGACCUGGCUGUGUGUCUCCUGCUUGCCUGGAUUAUUUGUUACUUCUGCAUCUUUAAGGGAAUCAAAUUGACAGGAAAGGUCGUGUACUUCACUGCUACAUUCCCCUACCUGAUGCUGUUCAUCCUCUUCAUCCGAGGAGUGACACUCCCAGGAGCUGGGGAGGGACUGAGAUAUUACCUCUACCCUAACUUAAAGAAGAUCCUUGAACCACGUGUAUGGCAUGAUGCAGGGACUCAGGUGUUCUUCUCCUUCGCCGUGUGUCAGGGAGUAUUAACCGCUCUGGGGAGCUACAACAAAUACAACAAUAACUGCUACAGGGAUUGCGUGGCGCUAUGUUGCCUGAACAGUGCCACCAGUAUCUUUGCUGGUUUUGUUGUGUUCUCAGUGCUGGGAUUCAUGGCUCAAGACAUGGGGGUAUCCAUGGAAGAUGUUGUGUCUAGCGGUCCUGGUCUGGUCUUUUUGGCAUAUCCAAGGGCUCUGUCGUUGCUGCCGGGUUCAUCCUUCUGGGCUGUGCUCUUCUUCGUCAUGAUCCUCUUCCUGGGCCUGGACAGUCAGUUUGUGUGUGUGGAGAGCAUGGCCACGGCCCUCACUGACCUGUUCCCACAUCACCUGAGGAGGCCUGGCCGCAGAGAGCUGCUGGUCCUGGUCAUAGCUGUUGUCUGUUUCCUAUUAGGGCUGCCGCUCAUCACUGAGGGAGGGAUAGUCCUCUUCCAGCUCAUUGACUACUACGGUGCCAGUGGAAUCAGUCUCCUCUUUAUAGCCUGUUUUGAGACCAUUGUCAUUUCCUGGGUGUAUGGUGCGGACCGUUUCUAUGACAACAUUGAGGACAUGAUCGGGUACCCACCAUUCCCCGUGCUGAAGUACUGCUGGUUGUUCAUCACGCCGCUCAUCUGCGGGAUCACACUACUGUAUGAACUGGCGGACUCAACCCGUCUCCUUGUGUAUGGUUAUGAAAUCGGCCUGAAUCGGAGCAUUUUGGGCUCUUUCCUUGUCAUCACUCCACUGAUAUGUAUCCCAGCAUUCAUUUUGUUCUCAUUGUUUAAGAAUCCCCUAAACAUGACUACACCAUCCAGUGAUCUGCGUCAGGCCCGACCACACAAGCCAAUUCUCACACUGUGUAAGCGCGUCAUUUUCAAGGCACAGGUGCAGCCAAACAGACAACAUGCGGAGGAAAACAAGGAGAAUCUGAUGAUCGGGGAAAACAGCAUGGUUUGAUGGCAGCACAUUAUUGCGCGUAGAUGUCAUCACUGAAUGGUUCGAAUCUGUGACAACAAGAAACACAAUUUUACAAUCACUUGAAAAAAGUGUUUACACAUUUCAUGAGUAUUCAGGGACAAUUAUAUUUUUUUAUGUUGUAUUUUUUGUCUUGGUACAUUAGUCUUUACCUUUUAAAAUGUUGUGUAUUAUGAAUAAUAAUGGAAAAGUCCCAUACGAUGCUUAUUUUUCUAAACACCUAUAAUCCUAUAUUGUAAGUGGCUUAAAAUUGUACUUCACUGACAAAGCCUUUCACCCCUAUAAUACUCACAAUAGCGGGUUAAAAAUGAAAAGAUUACACAUACACACAUACAUUGCUGCCGACAGUUCGGUCUGAUAUUUGGAUGUGAUAUCCUAGUCACGGCUAAUGUAGCUUUGAGCUGCUAGCCUCAUGUUGAGAUGAGGAGCGGACUAGAGAGCUCUGGUUCGCUCACUUACAUCACUUGAGGAAAUUCAUCAGAAGGCUUUAAACAACUUUGUUCACAGAUACAGUAUUACUGCCAAAGAUCUUUAAACAGACGUUGAUAUGUAAAAAAAAGAUGGAUUGCCUCUUAAACACAUGCAUCUGGAGCAUUUGAGUCAUUACCAUGUCUGACCUGCAAUUGCAAAUUGAAGUAGCUGUUUGUAAUCAAAUGUAUCAUGCAGUCAAAACUGUUACAUACUAGAAUGUUGAUCCUGAUCAACGCAAAAUCUGAUUAUGUGUUGUUUCACUGCAAUGGUGCUAUCAUGUCCAUUGAGUGUUUGUACACUGCAACGUUUACUUUUGUUUUCGUUGAUAUAUCCAUUAAUUCAUGAUAUAUGUUGUAACAGUGAUGAACCUCAUUAAUCUCAUUAAACAUAUCCCUAUGCUUAAUAUCC